GAGCAGCAGGGCAGAUUUCUGCCCGUCACAGCCGAGUUCUUCUGAGACGAGCCGCACACUUUUUAAAGGAAUGGAUCAGGCUAAAGGCAGCAGUGAGGAUGGUUAUGGACCUCGUCCCCCUCCGUACAACGCCCAGGAGUAUGGACUUGGACCUUAUACAGGGGCGAGCUAUCAGGUGGGGAAGGGGAACAUUGCAGUGGUCUCUCCUCCUACUUAUGACAACAUUGUGCACCCUGAGGCUGCAGCAGGAGGCGAGCAGUACUACAGUUCUCCCCCAGACUAUGCCAAUGGCACAGAGGACAGCGUCUUCAGUGACCGCACCAUACGAAGAGGUUUCAUAAGAAAAGUCUACUUGACCUUGAUGGUUCAGCUUCUGGUGACUGUUGGGAUCAUAUGUGCUUUUCUAUACUGGGAAACUCUCAAUGAAUGGACUUCUGACAACUACUGGUUCACCUAUGCGAUGAUGCCGUCGACAUUAGUGCUUAUCCUGGCCAUGGCGUGCUGCACCGAUCUCCGCCGUAAAGUCCCCUUCAAUUUCAUUGCCCUGGGCCUGUUUACUGUUGUAGAGGGCCUGAUGCUCGGAUCCGUUGCAGUGUUCUUUGAAGCUGAAGCCGUCCUGUGGGCUGUGGGGGGCACAGCUCUGGUGGCCUUCUCCUUGAGCGUGUUUGCCAUACAGUCAAAGUGGGACUUCACCGGCCUAACUGGGUGCCUGUGGGUGUUUGUCUGGACCCUCCUUUCCUUUGCAAUUCUUUGUGCAAUCCUCCGAUCACAGUAUGUUUACAUCGUCUACGCCUCCCUGGGAACCUUGGUGUUUUCUUUGUACUUGGUGGCUGAUACCCAGCUCAUCCUGGGGGGGAACAAGAAGUAUACCAUCUCUCCAGAGGAGUAUGUGUUUGCUGCUCUAAACCUCUAUUUGGACAUCAUCAACCUGUUCCUCAUGCUGCUGCAGCUCAUCAGCAUGUGCCGCUAACACUCAACCUCCAUGACAUCCUUGCUACAGACAUAUGCAAUCAUGUCAACCAUCUGGGAUGUGUUGUUUGAUGGUGACACAUCAGGAUUUAUGUUGGUUUAACAGUUUUUUACACUGUAUAAGAAUGUAUUUCUACUGAAAAUAUUUCAUUAGUUUGGGUCGGUACCCAAAAGUGAGCUGUGAAUGUGUGCAUGGCCAACAAAUUGUUAUGCUCACACCUGAUACACAUCCAAAUAUUUAUUUGAUUCCAUUUUGCCAUGAUGAUGUGUAAAUUUUGUUGUAUUCUCAAGAUUUUGAUGGACUUAUCUCAUUAUUUUGAUAUAACCAAGCUGGUUUUCCCGUGAUAAUGUGUUAAUUUAUUAUGCUACAAUGUUAAAUGUCAUUUAGCAGAUGCUUUUGUCCAAAGCGACAUACUUCUGGGACUGGUGUUCCUUGUGUUAAGGACCCAAGGGCCCACACUGGAUACUCAUUGUGCCUUGACCAGGAUUCAAACCCCCAGUCUCCUAUAACAAAGCUAUCCAGGCCCUGAUUUCUCAAAAUAUCAAAAAAACAACAAAAUUUUACAUGUCAUCACCAUAGAGUAAAAUUAAAUGUAUAUUAAUGUCCUUCCAAGGCUUCUUAAUGAUAUGCUUCAAACACGUUUGUUAUGUCCUGUCCUGUCUAGGGGGCUGUCCACACAGAGAUGGGUUUAGGAGUAUCUGCAAAAGUCUACACACAUUUUAUCCACACAGAUCGGGCAUUUUGGGAGCCUGAAAACACCAGGGUUGCAAAGCGGGUCCCAGAGUGAAUUAAUAUGUAUACGCCACCCCUUGCAUCUCCGUGUAUAUAACUAAGCACAUCUUUUCUGGAAUGAUAACAUAGCCCCCUUAACCUGCAUGCACCAACCCCGCCAACACCAACAAUGGCAGAUUGCAUGAUUGUGUUCACACUGCAGAAGCCACUGAGCUCUUACAGCAACAUCUGCUGUUCCUUUACUUACACUGUGGGUAACAAAUGGUCAAGCAGGAACAGUGCACGUUCCUGCACUUCCUACGCCAAUAACAAAAGCCCGAGGCAGAGAGAAAAGCAGCAAUAAGCCCAGAGCAGGGCAGGCAUCAAUGACAACAGAAUUACAUUGAUUAAUUCAGAUAUAGUAUAGAGGAGGAGCUGGGGUGGAGGAGGGUUGCAAAAAGCAGUUUGCAGAGGGAGCAAUAAAACAGAGCAGUUCAAAUAUGGCAGCAUGAGUGUAAUUAGCCAAUAGUGUGCUUAAAGUGAAUCUGCUGGCCAUCAGCUGAUAAAGGCUUGAUGAGAUAAACUGAUCUCAAAUAUAUGGCAGCGCUCAACUCCAUGGUCUGCCUGAACCAAUGCUGUACGCCUGAUUUUUGGAGCAUUUCUCUGGUAGUGUUACACAGCCAUGCCUGGCAUAUAUAUACUGCAGAAUUUUCAGUAGUUUUCAAUGGUUUUGCACUUACGCAGACAUGUUUAUGGAAAACUUUUUUAAAAAUAAAAUGAAAUCGGUCAUUUCAAUCUCCAUGUGGACAAGGCUUAACCUGACACGCCAGAUGGAUUUGUUUCACACUUCUA